AGUGCGUUUUAUAACAAUUACUUGAGAAAUUAUGCAGGGUGAACACAACUUGUUUUAAUCCCCAGACCGAAGAGGAAGAGAUUUAGUUUCUCCCCUAGCGGCCAUACUGUAUGGACUAUUGGUGGAAAAAGCAGUAUUUCAGCAGCAAAAAUCAUUUUAAGAAGAACCUUGCCAAGACUUUGGUAAAGUUGAUCUUCAACCCGCUGGCGGUGGGAUUCAGUUCAACAGCUAGCUGUCCAGCUGGUUGAGGGAUUUCACAGAUUGGGGAUUGUAUAUUUAAGAUUACUAUAUUUAUUUUUUAGCUUGUUUUAUUAACAGUCGUCAAGAUGAAGGACCGAUUGGAACAACUUAAAGCAACAUGUGACAAUGACGAUGAGGAAGUGGAAAUUGCUAUCGACAAUGCAGCUUUUAUGGAUGACUUUUUCUCUCAGAUCGAGGACAUCAGGAUCAGCAUUGAUAAGGUUGAUGAGAAUGUGUCUGAAGUCAAGAAGCUCUACUCGGUCAUCUUGUCUGCCCCCACAUCAGACCAGAAAACACAGGAUGACUUGGAGGCUGUCACCAACAACAUCAAGAAGAUGGCUAACAACGCCCGGAACAAACUCAAAACCAUCGAGAGGGAUCUGGCGUCUGAAGAAGAGGAGAGUAUUUCAGCCGACAUGCGGAUACGCAAAUCACAGCAUGCAGUGCUGUCCAGGAAGUUUGUUGAAGUGAUGACCAAGUACAAUGAGGCCCAGGUGGACUUCAGGGAGAGGAGUAAAGGACGCAUCCGGAGACAGCUAGAGAUCACUGGAAAAGCCACGACAGAUGAGGAGCUGGAGGAGAUGUUAGAGGGGGGAAACUCUGCUGUCUUCACUUCAGGGAUCUUGGACUCUGGGAUCUCGAAGCAGGCUCUCAGUGAGAUCGAGGCGCGACACAAAGACAUUGUGCGUCUGGAGAGCAGCAUCAAAGAGCUGCAUGACAUGUUCGUAGACAUCGCCAUGCUGGUGGAGAGCCAGGGUGACAUAGUGAACAAUAUAGAGGUGCAAGUGUCUAAAGCUGUGGACCACAUAGUAGUGGCUAAGACUGAGACUAAGAAAGCCAUCCAGUACCAGAACAAAGCACGCAAGAAGACAAUCAUUAUAGCAGUGGUCUGUACUGUGCUUGCUGUCAUCAUCCUCGCCAUCAUCCUAUCACAGACAGUAGGGUAAUAGAGGGACCACGGCCCCCACCCACCCAACCUCUCCAUCUUCAUAAUCACUCCAUUCUGCCCUCCUCCAGCUGUAAGAGGGGGAUGUAGACUCAACCAAUCACUUCCAUUGCCCUGGGAUCCUCCCCCUCUCUUACUGUACAUCUGACCAAUAGAAAAAGGGCCAGCUGAUGGGACUGGCGUCUUCCCUGAGGUGGCUGAGAGGAUGAGCAUCAGCUGGGAGAGAAACAAGAGGACCUCAACUGAGACUGUUUAUGAGCCUCUGAUAAUGCCAAUAAAAAGGGAAUCUUAAGUAAUGUAUAUCCUUACCCUCACACAACUAAAUGGACACCAUGCAACACUUCAAUGACAUUCUCUGAACUGCUUUCCAUGUAUCCAGUAAUGUGAUUGAUCUUGAUCCACACUGAAGGGAAUCCAUGACACUCCUCUCUCCAUUACAAAAAACCAUUGACGUAAUGUAUCCCUGCCACCACCCGUGCCUUAUUGUCUUGCCAUGAUGACCCUCCAAGCUGAAAGGUAGCCAGCCAGCCACAGCCUCCUCCAGCCCACAGAGGAACGGUACAUUGUUGAUCUCACCUAUGAUUUGUUUUGAGGAUGGAAACUAGUGGAUUUCACUUCAAUCUAUUUAAAGCAAUGUGCAUGUGUUUGAUGCCGCUUGAAUAGUGUGUUUUAUAACUCCUAAAGCACACCUAACCUCUGAGCAUCAGGGUGAGAUAUGAGUCUAACAUCUGAUUUGCGCCUAAAGCCUUUUUUUUUUUGCUAUCUGUCCAAUUUUAAAUUAAUUUCCAUACCUCAGACACGGUGGCCAAUGGCAAGGCUUUAAAUGAGACACCGAGGGAAGAUCUCAAUUACGUACUCGUGUCCCCUCCUUCUCAAAACCCAUUGGAGGAGAAGGUCCAUGGGGAGGGACCUCUGGCUUACUCAUCCAGUGGGUUUUGAGGAAGGAGGAAGGACGCAAUUGAUUUCAUCACUGAGGGUCUGGAUAUUUCAAGACUGUUUUAAAUGUAAUAGAACUUCACUGUAGUAUUAUGCUGGAUGCCAGAGAUUUUAAUGAUGGAAUAAAAUGUUUUAAAAAUA